GGCUAAAGCUAGAAGCUUUCCUCUGCUGCCUGGGUCCUUUAAAAGCAGCAGACAAGCCCCGAGGAUCCCGGUGGAGUGCAGCCGGGAUGGGAGGCUGACAGAGCUGGGGAAGGGGGCACUGGCGUGAGCCCUGCGGGGAGCACGGCGGCGCGGGCUGGUGCUCUCCAGAGGAGAAGUGUGACAGUAUCCUAUGAACCCAGGUGUUCACUGAUGCAGAGCUUCCAAAGAAACAUGAAACCAAACCCAAAAAGAAAUCAUUGAGGGGGAAAAAGUGCAACAUGAGAGAUAAAAUGAAAAACUGGCCUUUUGAGAGUAACUGCUGGGAGCUCUGACAAACCAAGAGACAGAGGAUUACUACACAGCUCCUGCAGAUUCUCAUCUAAGGCACCAGGUCGGCUGUGUGUGCCGAGGUGUCGGUUCAGCAGCCAAGGAUGGAAGUGCUACGCCGUUCCUCAGUCUUUGCUGCAGAGGUGAUGGAGGUUUUUGACAGGUCUCCCACUGACAAGGAACUUGUGUCCCAAGCCAAGGCUCUCUGCAGAGACUACAUAAACUCCAGGCUAAUUCGAGCAGGUGUCAGCUGGAGCAAACCUGAGUACAAUGUACCAAUGCCUGGCGGUAAGCUGGCUGAGGUGUCCACCAUACUGCUGCGACUAGGGGAUGAGCUGGAAUACAUUCGUCCCAACGUCUACCGGAAUAUUGCCCGCCAAUUGAACAUCUCGCUGCACUCAGAGACAGUGGUGACGGAUGCCUUCCUGGCAGUAGCUGCGCAGAUUUUCACUGCAGGCAUAACGUGGGGCAAGGUGGUGUCUCUUUAUGCUGUGGCAGCUGGACUGGCAGUGGACUGUGUGCGGCAUGCACAGCCAGCCAUGGUUCACACCAUCGUAGACUGCCUGGGAGAGUUUGUCCGCAAGACCUUGGUGACGUGGCUGAAAAGGAGAGGAGGCUGGGCAGACAUCACAAAAUGCGUGGUGAAUACUGACCCCAGCCUUCGCUCCCACUGGCUCGUGGCUGCUGCCUGCAGCUUUGGUCACUUCCUCAAGGCCAUCUUCUUCGUCCUGCUGCCUGAGAGAUGAAUCUGAGUCACCAAGCGCAGCCCCCCUACCGCAUCUCCUCCCCGGCUCCAGAAGCAGUGGUAAUGGCAAUCUCUGAAGAGGAGGAAGAGAAGAACUGGGACAACCAAACAGCUUGUUCUCCUCUCCCUCCAGCUGGGAGCAGAUGACCAACCACAGUCUCCUUUUGCAGCCACAGAAAGCCUCUCUCACCAUUAAACCUUCCAAGAGUCCUGUGUCCCCGGGUGACUUGGGUGUUUGGCCUGGCCAUUGCCAGUCCCUGGGCACGCUGAUUGCAGCCGUGUGCAGUGUGGACUGUCAGACGUCUGUCCCUUAUGGCUGUGUUGCAUGCUUAUGCUGGUGCCAGGCAGAGGGGAGGAGGAAGGGGAUAUUAUUUGUAAUGGGAUAGAAAAUAGGAGAGGGGGAGAGUCCUUCCUUCGCUCCAUGUUAUUCUCCUUUCAGUCCUUAGACUCGCCUUGCGUCGAUUCUUGUUGUUACAUUUCUACUUAAACUCCAUCUCCUCCUUUAUACCGAACUCUGACUUGCUCACAGCAUGGUGGAGGGGAUAAUGCAGCUGUGGGUUUUUAACGUGAUAAAAAACCCCACGCUGUUGUCAGAUGCUUCUCCCCGACAUAGCUUGGAAAUCAGACUGCGUGGCUGUGUGCAGGGCAGGACUAGAGGGCAGCUGCAUGUGAGGCAGUUUGCAUGUGUAUUUUGUUGAUCUCUCUUAUUGCGCUCACAUCACAUGCCAUUUCAAACAGGAGAGCGAGGGGCAACGCCUUCAAGCAACGACUCGGGAUUGAAUUUCAUAAUGAAAAAUGCUUUCUCCACUGAGAUUUCGUCAGAGCUAAGCAUGUCAGUAGGAAAGGCUGGGGGGCAUGGGCAGGAAUUAGGGAAACAAGUGAACGGUCUGGUGUUUUGAAGGGGGAAGGCUGUGUCAAAUGUAGCUGAUUUAAGCUUCUCUUUUAAUGUCUUUGGAAGUACAACUCGCAGUCUUCUUUGUGGUAAACAAUAAAAGAAAAUAGGUGGUGUUUCAUUAUUGCAAAGGGUAUUGUAUUUGUUUCCAGAGUUACAAAUUCCAAAAAAGGCCAGAACAGAGGAGAGACAAACACUCAGGCCAUGCUAAAAAUACUUCAGCUUUUCCCAUGGCAGGACAUGUUAAUGUGUUAAAACUACAACUUGCCCGCUUCAUGCUAGGAAUUUAACCCAUGUUGUUACCAUGUCAGAAACAUGCUGUUUUCGUAGACAGAAGCGGGGCCUCGCUGCCGUACUUGGGGGAAGGCUGUGGAGCCUCCUCUCUGCCAAAGCCUCGGGGAAGACACCCUGCUCGGUCCUUCCUCCCAAGAGCAUGGCAUUGCAGGAAAACGCUGUUGUGGGUUAGGUACACGUGGCAUUAUAGGAGUUUUUGCUGUUUGUUUGGGGGUUUUUUUCCUGAUUUCCCUCCCAUACCCUGUCUUUAGAGGGGCUUUACUGUUUCCAUCCAGAAGUUACAAAUGGGUUUGAGAAUAAAGCAAAGCCUUUACUUUUCAGUUAUAUCUGUGCGACAGGUUUCUGCUGGCAGUUAGUAAUGCUGUGCUCUGACCAACAGAACCAUUGGCAGAGGAUGUGUAGGUGGUUAUACCCUUGCAUAGUCCUGCUUUUGACUCGUCCAGCCUUUUGCACUUCUGCUGAUGCCCUGACAUACGGCACCGGGCCCAGCUUUGCCCGUAGUACUACACCCACAGUGAAGGGUGCUUUACCAGCUCGGUCUACUGGUACUUUUUCAGUAGUAAAGUCAUUCUUGUGGAGAAAACCCGUUAAAGACACGCCACCACCAUCACCCCCCCCCAUCCCUAAUCCCCCAACAAAAACUGAGGAGGAAAAAGCCUCCCCUUCCGUAUCGAAGCUGCAUGCUGUCUCUGACAGCGUCUAGGCAGACUUCAGCUACGCUAUUAAAAGUUGGGGGGAUUAUACCGUCAAAGUUCCCAGUGUGGAUGCAGCUGAUGGUGCCCGAGGUUGGUGCAUUUUUGUGUGCGUAAAGCUUGCAGCAGUUCCCCAAAUACAACCAAAUUGCCAAAAGAAUAUGUAUAUUUUUUUUUCUUCCUGACAUAACUAUAUCAGCAUGAAGGGUUUUGCUGGCACCUCUUCCACUUAGGAUUUUCUCCCUUAGAUUCCUGAUAGCUCUGACUAUGGAAACUUAGACCAGGUGUAGUGUACGUGGUGAACUAAAGUAAUCCUGUUUUGAGCAGCACGGAGGGGAUCCCCUCUGAUCUGCAAUAGAUGCAGCAAAAGCCUUAUAGUUCAUUGCAGGGGGAUGCAGCUUCAUUGUCUUAAAGGAGCUUGUGGAAAAGUGGACUUUGGAUUUCUGGAAAUAACCUGGUUGUGUGCAGGCUUUGACUUGGACAGUUUCGCAGCUCAUAAAGUCCAGCUUGCCUUAU